ACGAGUCCUACUUCUAGAGACAAAAGAAGAAAGCAAAUACUCGUAUUCUCGCGCAUUGAAUUGGUGGCGCUUAGUAAAGUACGUUCGCUGUGAGAAGAGGUUAGGUUCUCUUGCCACACGGAAAGAUGACGGAUACAAAGAAAGAGACUGUACCGCCUGCAAGCACCAAUAAGCUUCCGGCGGUGCCGGAAUCUGUCCUUAAACGAAGGAAACGCCGUGAAGCAGUCAAGGCUGCACGUUUGCAGAUAUCCAUUAAGCAACGUGCAAAUCGUUAUAAGAAGAGGAAAGAAAUUUUCAAGAGGGCAGAAAAAUAUGUGAAGGAGUACAGACAAAAAGAAAGAGAUGAGAUCAGGUUGAUGAGACAAGCUAAGAACCGUGGAAACUAUUACAUUCCCGGUGAAGCACGUCUGGCUUUUGUCAUUCGUAUUCGAGGUGUGAAUCAAGUUGCUCCAAAGGUACGAAAGGUACUUCAACUGUUCCGACUAAAGCAGAUCAAUAAUGGCGUUUUCGUCAAAUUAAAUAAAGCAACUAUUAAUAUGUUACGCAUUGUUGAGCCCUACAUCACGUGGGGAUAUCCAAAUUUGAAGUCAGUUCGUGAACUGAUCUACAAACGUGGAUUUGCCAAGGUGAACAGGCAGCGCAUCCCGAUAACUAGCAAUGCCAUCAUUGAGAGGAAGCUCGGUCGCUCUAACAUUAUCUGUACUGAGGACUUGAUUCAUGAAAUUUUCACUGUCGGCCCGAAAUUCAAAUACGCCAGCAAUUUCUUGUGGCCAUUUAAGCUUAAUACACCAAAUGGUGGAUGGCGCAAGAAGACCAACCACUAUGUGGAGGGUGGUGAUUUUGGAAACCGUGAAGACAAAAUUAAUGAACUUCUUCGAAGAAUGGUGUAAACUUACCAUGAUCAUAAAUACAAAACUGCUAUCUCCAAAAUGAA